CUAUCAACACAGCAUGCAGCGAAAUGAAAACACAACCGAAAAAUACGCAAGAAGUGCAGUACUCUGCUGGUGCAUGCCUCACUCCCAGUGUGCAAGUCGCCUCGUCAGCCACUCUCGUGCUCUCUGAAUGCUGCCCUCUACAGUGUCACGCUUCAGCCGGCCCGCAAUGGCGCCCAGCGCAUCAACCAGACCGACAUACCUGGACAUCAACACACGCACACAGACAGGCACGAGCUUGGCUUAUUCGACUGCUUUCUUUCCUUCUCGCUUUGUUGGGUAUCAGUGAGGCCAACACACCUUUUGUGUGGGUCGAAUCGGAUGGCGUGGUAGAGUUUCUGCAGGCACACCGGGCAGAGGACAGAGGGGCGGCUGGCGGCCUCCAGGGCGUGGUUGCUGCCGUUCAUGAGGCACUUGUAGUACACGCAGUGCUCCAUCCCGAAGAUGUGCCCGAUCUCGUGUGUCAUCGUCUGCAUUGCCCGCCACAGCUGCAUGGCACACGUGGAUUCACAACACAACACAGCACAAUACCAAAAGACAGUGAGUGUUGUCUCCCUCCCUCUCCCUAUCUGUCUCUCUCUCACACACACCAGUGUAGCGCUUGUCUGCGGGCCAGGUGCCAUUUCGCCGUAGAAACAUGGGUCAUGACGGGCGAAAGAAAACACACCGACCUGCAUAGGUGAGAGCAAAUGGAAACAGGGAUGGAUGGAUGGAUGCAGACAGAGACAAACCACUCACCCUUUCCAUCGGCCUGGCCUGCCCGAACACAAAGUUCCACUCCUCGCCCUGACGACAGACGCACACGUGCACACACGCACCCAUGCGAACAGCCGCACAUCAGCCCGUCCCUCCCUUCCCCCGAUUAUCUACCGGAUAGAUGUCCUCCAUAGUGAAGCCCACAACACAGAAGGCCCUCCGAUGCCCCAGCACCUCUCGAUGGGAGCCCAUCAGCUGGAAGAUGUCACCAAUAAGAUACUGCCGGUGCGUCUCGGCACCCUGUCUGCUCUCGCGGCUGCGGCAGUUGUGCAGCGAUAGUGGCUUCGACAGCAUGGCCACCUCCAUACCGUCGUAGAAUGCCCCGCAGUAGAGCCGCAGCAGCUCACAGAAGCCAUCGGGCAGCGUCUUGUCGGUAUUAAUUCGGUCGCCCAGCGGCACCAAGAGGAUCGUGUUGGUGUGCUCUGUCGGCAGCCGGCUCUUCAUCCGUCGCAUGUAGGCCCGCACCGUCUGGCCGGUCUCUCUGUGUGAGCCCAGCCAGUCGUGCCGCCCUGGUUUCG